UUAGUAUUUUGCUGUCAACCCGCGGAGCCAGAUCCAAAGAAGGUGGAGACUCCCUGGCAACUUCCUGCACAAUAAUCUUGAAGCAGCAGCACGACAAACUCGGGAGGCUGCUGUUGCUCCUGCUGAGCAGGGACGAAUGGAUAUACGGCUCACUUGACUUCGUUUUUCGGCGACUGAGGAGCACUUUGUGGGCGAAUUUUGCGCGUCUACCGGGCUGGUAGGUGGCAGUGAGGCUGCUAGAUACAAGAAUCCCAACGUUUGAUAGCGAGGCGGCGCGGACGGCAGGAAUGGAGGUUGUCGUGGAGUACGAGUAUGAUGCACUUCAUGAUGAUGAGCUGACUCUGCGCCCGGGUGACAUCAUUAAGAAUGUGCGGCACAUUGAGGAGGAUGGCUGGAUGGAAGGAGAUCUUAAUGGGAAAAGAGGCCUUUUCCCUGACAACUUUGUUAAGGAAGUGAAGAAGGAAUCCAAAGAGGCCAAGGAAACAAAGAAUGAGGAGAAAAAAGAGGAGACCUCACAGCCUCAGAAGAGGGAGAAGACUGCAAGUAAUGUGGCCAACCUGGUUCAGAGGAUGAGCACUAUUGGCAUCCCAACUGGUGGAUUCCAACCUCAACCACCGGCCACCCCAAAGAAACCUAAAAAGAGACAAUGCAAGGUGUUGUUUGAUUAUCAUCCACAAAAUGAAGAUGAACUGGAGCUGAAAGCAGGAGACAUCGUAGACAUCACCGAAGAGGUCGAAGAAGGCUGGUGGAGUGGCACUGUUAAUGGCAAAUCUGGGCUGUUUCCCUCCAACUUUGUAAAGGAGGUGGAGUCCACAGGAGAGGAUGGAGACUCCACACAACCACACAACCACACAACUGAAGAAACAAGUAAUGGAAGUGCAGGAGCCAGCACCACCACCCCUACCACACCUCAAUCCACCACAGAGAACGGAGUUGCUGCUCAGCCUAAAAAAGUCCGGGGUGUCGGCUUUGGAGAUAUAUUUAAAGAAGGAUCAGUCAAGCUAAGGGGUCGACGUUCUAGCACAGAUACUGAGGAAAAGAAGGAAAAACCAGCCCCAUCAUUACCAUCUGCUGCAAAGCCCACCCCCCACAUGACAGACUUGCAGAAGGUAGAUGGAGACAACAAAUCCAAAGCAAAAGAGUAUUGUAAGGUGACAUUUGCUUUUGAUGCCUCGAAUGAAGAUGAGCUGAGCCUUAAGGAAGGUGACAUCAUCCACAUCUUGAGCAAGGACACAGGAGAGCCUGGCUGGUGGCGAGGGGAGACCAAUGGUAAAGAAGGUGUCUUCCCAGACAACUUUGUGGUCAUGGUUUCUGAAGCAGAGAAGGAGACACUUGUGUCAAGAGGGUCAUUGAAAUCAUCCCCUAAGCAGGAUGCAGAAGAGACACUUGUGCAAAGAGGUUCAUUAAAAUCAUCACCUAAGCCGAAUGCAGAAGAGAGGCCAAUCAAGCCACCUCCACCAAAUAAAGGCAUAGCAAACAAACCUGAGCUUCCUAGUGCAGACAAGAAGCCUCAUCACAUCAAACCAGAGAACAGAGUUGACAAGUCUACGCCAGAUCAAAAACAAAUCAAGGCUGCACCACCACAGGUCCCACCCAAGAAGGCAGUUCUCCCUCCAGGGAAGGGCAAACCAGGAAACAUUCCACCGAAGCCUGCUACACCCACACCAAACCUCAAACACAAUGGAGAGAUGCGACCAAAGUCCGAACUCGAACCAUCAAUGCCCAGCAAACUCAAAACACUGUCUGGGGACUGGGGGGAGAAGCCCUCAGAUACAGUGGAUCUGAUGAGUUUCGAUGAUUUGUCAUCUUCUUUGGAGAAGCUGAAUCACCCCACUGUUAACAGACCAAAGAUGCCUGGCAGGAGACUGCCCGCCCACUUUACUGCAGGAUAUUCGCCCAAUAAGGAACAGAGUAUAGAGAAGUCCUUAAAGACUGAUGAAGAGGAUGCAAAGGAUGUCAAACCAAAGCUAGCUGAUACAAGAAAGUCCUUUUCUCAGCCUUCUACAAACACCUCCUCUCAGUCACCACCUCUUCAAAAGCCUGUCACAGCCAGCGCAGAGUGCAGACCAACUCCGUCAGCGGCCUUGAGCAUAGAUGGGCUCUCUCAGAGCAACAAGGCUCAGCUGGAGACUGAAGAGCCAAGUUCUCAGCUGGAUGAGCUUAGGAACCAGAUGAAGGAGCUGCUGUUGUCUGUCGAUAUGCUCAAAAGCCAGCAAAUGAAAGAAAUAACUGAGCUACGAGAAGCUCUUGAUGAGGAGAAGCAAAAGCGCAUGACCCUGCAGAUGGAGAUAGAAAAGCUAAAGCGUACAGUCAACUUGACGUGAAGUUCACGCUCUAAUCAAAAGCAAGCCUCAAGGUCAGCUGCUGGCCUGUCGACCAACCAGAGAGUGCCGGGGCAGUGACGGAUGGAUAGUCCAACAGCAUGGAGAGAAGGUGGGGAAACGGGUGAACCACCUUAAGCACAAUCCUUUGUCAGUGAUCUACAAAAAUAAACUUUCCCCCAUCUUUGUAAGAUUUACAUUUUGCACAUAUAUAUUUUUUUUCAAGCUAGAUGUAAUUAAAUUACAGAUGUAUAUGUUUCUUUGUUUUAUUUUGCCAACUAAAAAAAUCUGAAGCCUUACUUCAAACUACUGUUUUGUACUUGUAAGUCUUCCCUUCACUCUGGCAUUCCUUAAACUCCUCAGGGAGGAGGUUCCCUCUUAAUACUACUGACUUUGUAUAAAGCGGGGGUGCUUGUGUUCCUUACAUCAUUUUCCUUAUUUUUCUUUUUUAUAAUUGAUUUAAAAAAAUAAAAAUAAAAUGUUUAAUUUUAGUUAACAUAUUUGAAUCGUUACAUAAAUAUAAAUUUUCUCUUUUAUAUUUGUCAGCAAUACUUACUCCAAAGGCAGUAGUCCUUCAGAGUGCUCUGUUUUGUUUUUGUUUUGUUUUGUUUUUUUUAAUUUUAUUAUUAUUAUUUUUGUUUUUGCUUUUGUUUUCUAGCAUUACUAUCCAGGGUAACACUACUGUGCCUGUUUAAAGACAAAUUUCUAUUAAUUGUUUGUAUUGGGAUCUUAAAUGUAUGAUGACGGUGUCUCAAAAAUCUUUAGCAUGACAUUGUAUAUCUCUAUUUUUAAAAUCUACUGAUAAGUUACGUACUAUAUCCAGGGCCUUUUCUAUGCUGGUCACUAAUAUUUUUGUCAAACUAUUGUUUUCACUUGGAAUGUUCACAAAGAUUUAGACGGUUAAGUCUGCAAAUAAUGCAGCAGCUAGAUGCAGAAACAACCAAUGAAGUGUUUUUAAUCGGCCCCCACAGCACCCAAUAGCCUGCACAGCACUCAUGAGCUGUUAUAUUCGUAUCAUAUCUAUCAGACUUGUCAGUUUUUCUUCAUUUCCUUUUUACAUUCCAGAUACACAAGUUAAGCUAACUGGAACGACACACUAGAUCAAAGGAGAGAUGGUGAUGUUAAUACCAUUCUAACUGUUGGAAACUUUAAAGCUAUUUUACACAUAAGGAUGUUAAUGUUUUUGUAUAAUUUGUCAAAUAAUUUAGUUCAUAAAAUAGUCACAUAUACAUGUAAGGGCUUUAAACAGAAAACAGAAUUAUACUAAAAAGCUUAGUUGCAAAUGUAUUUGGUUUUUUUUCCCUCCCAAAGGCAUUUUCAUCAGCACAGAAUGUAUGGUACAGUGUCAUUUAUCCUGUAACCUGCAGCCCUGAGCUGUGAGUACCAGUUUUUUCCAUGUUAAAAAAAAAAGAAGCUGAUUUUGAAUUGCUAUCAAGACCCAGGGAGCAGCACAAAGUAGGUUGGAGUGUUGGUCAUAGCUGGGUUUAAGUUAAAUGUUCUGUGUCUUACUGUUUCUACUACUGUGUACCGCAAAUACAAAUGCUGGUUACUAUUUUGAAUUUUUAUUUUUUGCAAAAUGUAUUCUAGCUAUCUCACAAAUGUCUUAAAGCAUACCUUUACGUUGGAAACAUCCUCAGGCUUGAUUCUGUGUUUUCUGGCGUCUGCUCACAAACAGCAUCUGCACAUUUUGUACUCUACUCCGCUUUCACCAAGUUGACACAUAUAGCUAACCUGUACGAGCAUGACACUCAUGUGGUAUAUCGAUGCCUGAUGUCAGUUGAACCUCUUUUUAGCACAUAGCUCUUUAACAAUAAAUGGAUGGGCAAAACAUUACUCCUUAUUUGGGAAAGUGGGGCCUUGCAGUUUAGGUGACAGGUCUUAAUGUGUAAAAUCUGUAAUACGGCUUAACUUCCUUAUAUUGUACAUUCCAGAGUUUGACACAAAGAAAGAAAUCUGUGCACAUUUAUAACAUAUUUUCAAGUGAUUUUGUUUACAAGAGCUGUAUCCUUGCAUGAGCUGAGAUUCUUUCAAAAAAAUAAAUAUCUUUAUUUACUGUCA